AUGACAUAUUCAUGGAGCAGAACUGUAGUCUACCUGCGCAGACACAUGAAGAGCAUAGUGGACAGCAGCAGCUCCUUCUCCCAGCCGCAGCUGGAGGCUCAGAUGAGGGUUGCUGUUCUAGGAAUAGUACAAUCUGUGAUGUUGAUGUUCCAACUGGCCUACCAAACAGUGAUACUCCUCAUGGUUCUCAAACUAACAGUCUUGCCUUUGGUGUCAGGGGUUGAGUUUAUUUUAGAGGAAAUAUUUUACUUGAGCAGUUUCUUCAGCCUGACGUCAGUGACCUGGCUCAGCUUCUUCUACUUCAUCAACAUUGUUCCCAACACUGGCAAGUGUUUCAUCUGGAUGAAGGGACACAUCAAGAUGGUGGUGUAUGUCAUUAUGGGGCUGGAGAAGCUUUUCAUGUUCAUUUAUGAAUGUAUCUACAUUACAAGUCAGUUCAUAGUUAAGAAACAGCCUUUCAAUUCCACAACUUUGAAUGCAACCCUUGAAUCAAGUGAAAUCAAUGAGUUCUUCAGUGUUAACACAAUAUUUAUGAUAAUACAUGGUACAUAUCUCCUGGCAUGUUUUGUGACCAUGACAUAUUCAUGGAGCAGAACUGUAGUCUACCUGCGCAGACACAUGAAGAGCAUAGUGGACAGCAGCAGCUCCUUCUCCCAGCCGCAGCUGGAGGCUCAGAUGAGGGUUGCUGUUCUAGGAAUAGUACAAUCUGUGAUCCUGAUGGCUGUUGGGCUGUGGGGCCAUCGAGAGCACAUCUUUAUGGAGCAUCUAGUCUCAGGCUGCCUCACCUCUGACCCCGGGCACAGGCUGGAUAGACUUAGGAACCUGUGA